CGGCCGGAAGUGUUAGUGUCACAUUUGGAGUAGCUAUUUCUACCAGGUCCAGUGUUAAGAAGGGCAGUUUUUCUCAUAACUCUUGUUAGUGCUUUCGUAGUCUAAUAUUUGAAGGUAGUACAUUUCCACACUAACUCGGUCUAAACGAUGCCCCACUACGAAGAAGUGACUGUGCGUGGAUAUGAUGAAUUCUGUCAGGCUGUGUCUGAGAGAAAAGGAAAGGAUAUUUUCGCUUAUUUCUCUGGUGAUAAAGACGCCCAGGGAAAGAGCUGGUGUCCGGACUGCGUGAAAGCGGAGCCAGUUGUUAGAGGAGAGAUGACUCAUCUUCCUCAGGGCUCGGUCUUCAUCUACUGUCAAGUUGGAGAAAGGGCCUAUUGGAAGGAUUCAAAUAACGACUUCAAGAAGACACUAAAGUUGAGUGGAGUUCCCACUCUGCUGCGAUAUGGCACACCUCAGAAGUUGGUGGAGGAAGAACUCUUUAAAGCAGAUCUGGUGAGGAUGAUGUUCACUGAGGACUGAGGGAGCCUGCGCUGUUCACAUCGGUCAUUUCAUCAUUUCUCUACUGCUAAACAGUACAUUUUUCCACCAUUCAAUUCCAGCAUCAUUGAAAUCCAUGCGCAAGGUACAUCUCCUUCUGUAAUUUGAUGCAAAUCAGCAACUGUGUAAGUUUACAACCAAAAUAUUGAGCAACCUCUGUAAGACACAGCUAUUCAAUUAAUUCUGUACUGGAACAUCUGCAGAGACAAACACCUAUAAUCAAUGUAACUCCUAAAAAUCUUCUUGUGCUGCUUUUAUGUGCAAUCACUCAAUCCUGAUUUGUAAUCUGAGUUUGAUACAUUUCUUUAAAUAUAAUGUUAAUCUUAACACACAAGUUAAUUAUAAAAACAUUUUAGGAUUUUUUUUAUUGUGACUAUUUUUUAUGUGAUUUUUUGUUUUGUUUUGUUUUGUUUGUGCCUUGCAGUAGGACUCAAAUAAAGUAACACUUAAGGUA